AUUUGAAAGUGGAAGAGGUUGGGAGUCGAGUCGGACAAUCUACCCAAACUUUGUUGCAGCGGACGCUUCUUUUUGUUUUGUUGUAGUUCAGAUUAGUAGUGUAUUCUGAUUUCCGAACAUCAGCCAGUCCACACAAACACAGUCUCUCUCUCUCCUCCCUCUCUCUCCGUUGCAAAGACUUUUACCUGAUAAAGGAGACUAGAUAAAUCAUCGAGCUAUUUUUGGGUGUGAAUUUGAAACCAGAACCAAGAAAUAAAAUAUAGAAAUCGCGCAUUGCGGGAUCAGGGAGAGAAAUGGGUUCUGGGGCUGCCAGUUUCUUCCAGGUGCUUCUCAAUAAUUUUGAUGUUCUUGCUUGGCCUGUGGUUAGCCUUGUUUAUCCUUUAUAUGCCUCAAUUAGGGCAAUUGAAACUAAAUCCCCUGUUGAUGAUCAACAAUGGCUUACUUAUUGGGUUCUCUAUUCAAUGAUCACGCUCUUCGAGCUCACCUUUGCCAAAGUCAUUGAAUGGAUUCCUAUCUGGGCAUAUGCAAAGCUGAUUUUAACAUGCUGGUUGGUCAUUCCUUACUUCAGUGGUGCGGCAUAUGUUUACGAACAUUAUGUGAGACCUUUCUUUGUCAAUCAACAAACUAUAAACAUAUGGUAUGUCCCAAGAAAGAAGGAUAUCUUCAGUAAGCCAAAUGACAUUCUAACUGCUGCGGAACAAUAUAUUGCUGAGAAUGGAACCGAAGCAUUUCAGAAGAUGAUUAACAAGGCUGACAAGUCCAGGAAUGAAGUUCACCUGAGUUAUGAAGAGGACUAUAGAUAUUGAGCAUUGUAUCUCAAUAUGUUAUAUGUUUUCAAUGUCCAAGUUUGUUUUGAGAAAAAUGAUGUUCUCUGUUGUUAGAAUUUUUCUUUUGAGGUUCGUACUCAGUGUUUCUGUUUCUUAUUUGAAGCAAUCAUUGGUUUGUAAAACGUUGGUGAACGUUCUUAGUUUGCUUUAUGUAAUUAAGAAAGGUUGCAUCA